AGAUCAAGAUUUGUUUCAUUUUGGCUUGGUGAGUCUGAUCUAAUUCGUCAUUCUUUCAUCUCUUGAUGAGUUUGGAUUCUGCGUUGACCGAAUAAAUCAGACAGAAAAACUAAGACAUUUUUAGAUGUUGCAUCCUUUUAUAGUCGACAGAAUUGUGUAGCACCGACAAACGUUUAUCCGGAGUCUUGAAAUUAAUCAGGUCACGGUUUUUGUUAUUUAGAGAGGUUGUUUUCUUUUCACUACCUACUUAUUGCUGCUACUGUAUUUCUUCCUCGUCAAAAGCGUGAACAACUUUAAACCAUGUCUUCCAAUUCGUGUGUUGUAGUUGAACCAACUUCUAAGGAACUUUUCGACCAUUACAGUUCGAACACUGCGGCAAUUGUUUUGAUUGUCUUCAUGUCUCUCUUCAGUGUGGUGACUGUCAUCAUGUACCUAGAGGCAUGUCAUUACAUCAAUAAGAAAGUCAAUGAUAGCCGAACUCGGGUUAGACUGAUCGUCAUCCUCGGCAUCUAUCCAGUUUACUCGACGACAUCAUUGCUCGCUCUUUAUAUUCCAAGAGCACAUCUUAUAACCUACCUGACUGCAACACUAUAUUUUUCGGUCGCCCUGUAUCAGUUCUUGAUGCUGAUUGUGAGCUAUUUUGGUGACAGGGACCAACUGAUUGUCAAGCUACAAGGCUCAAAGAUUCCCAUCGCCAGCCCUCCUUUACUCUGCUUCUUUCCUUGUCUUCCAAAACCAGAUAUGAAUGUCAAGAACCUGCUCCGUCUUCGUCGUCUCGUUCUCCAGUUCGUCUUCAUUCGACCGAUCUGUAACUUCAUCGCUCUUAUUCUUUGGGCCGACGGAACCUAUGUUCCAGGAUUGUUUACAGCCGACAGUGCAUACGUGUGGCUCUCGGUGAUCGCUCUUUGUUCCACCUUUGCUGCCCUCUAUGGCGUCAUCAUCCUUAUGCGAAUCACCAAAGGACCCUUGGAGGGGUAUAACGUCCAGCCCAAGUUCUUGCUCAUCCAGCUCGUCCUCGUACUCAUCACCUCUCAGCUUGUCAUCGUCGGCAUCUUCGUGCUCACGGAAAUGGUUCCAUGUGACUACCCAUUGGGGUCGCUAGCCAGGGGAUACUAUUACUGCGAUCUCCUGACAGUUGCAGAGAUGCUGGUGUUCAUCACCUUCGCACGGUUCUUCUUCCGAAAGCGCAUCGACAGAACACCCUCUGGCAAGGACCACCCCGACCACACCUACAACAUCAGCAAGCGCAACUCCGAGCCCUAUCUCGACAUCAAAGAGAGCUACACCUCCUCCGUAACGACCUCAAAGAUGAACGGCAACGGCGUCAGCUAUAACAACAACAAUAACAGUGGAUCUUUCGUCAACGAAGGAGCGGACGCUGUCGAGGUCGACGUUGAGAACGGGUCUACGUUGAAGUCCUUCAAAAAGCUCGAAGAGGAAGAUGAAUAUCAGGAUAGGGAUGAGGUUGAUGUCGCGCACGGAGAUAGCGAUAUGCCGACGGACAUCGAAGUCAGUAUCCAGGAAAAUGUGUAGCUCUAUCUCACCAACUUGCUAAAAGAGAAAUGUAUCAAGAGCUUAGUAUUUUGAAAGGACUCAUUAAAAGGGGAAUUGUGAUAUGAUGUAAAUAAUCCAACCAAUACUUUUUUAUAUUUCUAUUUUAUUUAUACAGGCCCACAUAAUGUACAUGAUGAUGUUGAUAUGUGUAUAAGCUGUUUUUACAACGAUUUUUAAGAUGAUUGAAGGCAUCCCAUACAGCUCUCUUUGUAUUUGAUUGUUAUCUAUUUCUGUCUUCUCACAACCCCAUACCUGUUUUGUUUUAUAUUCACUGUUUUAAGAUUAUCAUCAACCAGGACAUAAAAGGCAUCAUUAUGAUGUUUAAAGAGGGUAUCAUUUUUUGGAAAUGCAUUUUUGGUACAAUUCGUGUAUGUAAGCCAUCAUUCAAAAUUUCCAAUUUCAUGUCUGACUACGGCAUCUCGUUGACUGCAAGAGGCUUCUUAUUUUAAUUUUAGUCUUUGGCCUGUACUAGCCUACGUUUUGUUGGUUUUAAGGCAAACCUUGUACCUACCUUGUUACAUUUAUUUGUACCCCCCCCCCCCCUGAAUACGAUUUUCAACAUUGCCCUGCAUAGCAAGAUAACUAAUGGUAUGCGGAACAUAUUCAUGAUUCAUGUGCGACGAUUGAAAGAAUCUCAUAGGAACAAAAAAGUUCUUUAAUCAUUUUUCUAGAACGCAACAGGCUUGAUGUGAUAAUGACGAUUUAAGAUUUUGUUGGUUUUUUUUUUAAAAUCUUUUCCCCACAAUUAGUGUUUUCAUAUAAUAUCUUGUAAAGAAAAAUGAAGUUUGUUAUUUCUCCAUGGUUAAUUUUCAAGAUGAGUUUUUAUGUUGAUGUAAUCUGUAUCUGUAAUGACUUUUUAAAACUGUUAUAUUUUACCCAUCAUCUAUACCAAUAUAUUGUAAAUAUGGUAAAUAAUAGCAGGACAUCUUCUGCACUUGAUGGGACUAGAGAAUGUUUGUGACAUUACCACGGUGCGACUUUAACUAAUUAUCAGCAGAGCGAGACAAUUGAGUCGAAAGAGAAUAGAAUGAAGAUUAAUGAGUUAAAGCUAAAAAGGAAAUAAGAAAAAAGGUGGACUAAAUGGUGGCAUGGAAAAGAAUAAUAACCAUAAUGUUAAUGUUGUUGAUGAUGAUGAUGAUGAUAAUGAUUGUAAUAAUAAUAAUAAUAUUAAGAAGAAGAAGAAGAAGUAGAAGAAGAAGAAGAAGAAGAGGAAGGAGAAGAAGAAGAAGAAGAUGAUGAUGACAUAGAAUGAGGAAGAAGUAGGAUAAAAUGGAAGACAAAAGAGGAGGAACAGGAGAUAAAGAAGAGUGGGAAAGAAAAGAAACAAAACAAGAACAAUGGAAAACAUAGAGGUAAAAACAAAAAUAUAAAGGAAGAUCUUUACAACAAACUUCAGAAGAGAAUGAUAUAGGACUAAACAGUCACGUGUACGGCUAUAUAACUAGCAAUUAUCAUAUGUGUUAUGUUGUAUUACCAUUAUGUCUAUGUUGAAUUACUAAUAUGUAUUAUGUUGUAUUACCAUUAUGUCUAUGUUGAAUUACUAAUAUGUAUUAUGUUGUAUUACCAUUAUGUCUAUGUUGAAUUACUAACAUGUAUUAUGUUGUAUUACCAUUAUGUCAAUGUUGAAUUACUUAUAUGUAUUAUUUUGUAUUACCAUUAUGUCCAUGUCGUAUUACUAAUAGGUGUUAUGUUGUAUUACCAUUAUAUCCAUCGUAUUACAUGGAAAAUAUUAUAUAUCAUGAUUUUGUAAAAAUAAAUGCAUUUCUGUAUAUUUACAUUUUUUAAAACAAAUGAUAGCUCACUUUAUUUGAAUAUCCUUUGUACGAAUUAGAGAGCAUUACGAACAAUGAUUCUUAUCACAUU